AUGGAUGAUAUUGUCUUCGUUCGGUCGGUCGAGAAGCGACGUGCUCCGCCACUCGGCGGUGGUUCUUCAGCAAAGCGCGCAAAACUCAAGAACGUUCCAGCGGAGGCUGUUUCUCCUAGCUCUGCGACCAAGCAAAAAGCCGACAGCAACGGGGCCCAAACGGCAGGCUCAGAUGUCUACCCCAAAUUGCCUCGGCCAGAACAGCAGGAGCCAGAACAAGAGGAGUCCUUCUUGCUCGCGACACGCAAUGCCCUGGAACAAGCAUUAGGCAAAGAAGCCUUGGAGGCUCACGAGAAACUUCUGGUCAAGGAGAAAGAGAGCAAGGAACUGUACAUCGUGAACCUAGAAGAGGCAGUGAAACAGCAGUACGGGACACCUGUAGUGCACGACAUCCUCAUCCAGAAUCAGAUGGCCAUUUUGAAGGUGAAGGCUGAGGGACACGACGAAGCCGCCAAGACAGAGAUCAAACUCCUUCGCGAAAGCAACACGAAGCUUAGAGGAGAGACGACCACACUUGGACGCUGUGUUCGACUACUCACAGACGAGAACAUCGUUCUGAAGAGACAACACGAAGGCACCAGAGCGGAGAUUCAGAUACUUUACGAACACAACACCAAGCUUACAGAGGAGAACACUGCACUUGCACGCAACAUCGGACUACUCAAAGAUGGGGAUGGUACUUCGAAGGCUAAAAGACAAGAAGAAGCCGCUAGAACAGCAGAAAUCAAGAGCGUUCGCCAAUACAAAACGAAGCUCGCAGAUGAAAAGGCCGCACUUGUACGCAGGGUCAAGCUACUCAGUGACGAGCAUGAUACUCUGAGAGCCGAAAUCUCCGCUUUAACCCAGGACGUCGACGAGCAGAAGAGACUCUGUAAAUCCAAGAUGCGUGAAUCUGACAGCGAAAUGAAAGCCGCGGCAACCAAAAGCAAGAAAUUCAGAGAGAAGUUCAAGAACAGCAACAAAAAGUUGACCAAGAAGAACACCGACCUGUCACGGAAGAUUGUGGAGCUAGAAAGUGGUCAUGCAGCCGAAGUUCUCGAAGCACGUGUCCGCGUUAGAGAACUUCAGGGUCAAGUCGAAAAACUAGAGCAAGGCUUCCGCCAGCGAGGCGAACAGCUUAUCGAGCUCAGCCGGGACUCCGUAUUGAAGGACAGGAUCAAGAUGCAGAAGGAGGCAGCUAUUGAAGCCAAGGACCUGCUACAGAAGCGUAUGUCGGGCAUGUUCAAGAACUACCAAGCUCUCUUCAAGAAGAACAAGAUUCUGCUGAACAAGCUGGUCUUGGCGGCUGAUGAGGGAAGGUUCGGAGACGGAAAAAAGGCAAAGAUCUACCGUGAAGGGCUGAAGCUACUAGAAGGUCAACCACUUGAAGGGCUAUACGAGUUCAAACAUCAGGUCUGA